AACUUAAAUGGGGGAAAAAAACUGGAAGUGAAAUUAUAGUAACAAUAUUUCAAUUGUUUGGACUUCAGAAUUAUUUAUGCUACAGCUCUCAUACUUAAGGAAGAAAAUGCUUCUGUGCUUUCCUGUUAGACAUUCUCUUAGUCUGGUUGAUUUCUCUCGUUGUGCCCUUGUUUGUCUCGUCUCAUUAUGAAUCUAGAAUUUAACCACAAAAGCCAAAUUUUCCAGGUUUCGCGUGAACUGUAAUGACUACACCAACCUUGCGGAGAGGUGUGCUGGUGCUGUUUGACAGAGUUGAUCAACUAACCUGACAGGAGAAUGAGGCACAAAAUAACAGAUGCUUAACAGAGAUUUCCCUUCUGGAGAAUCCAGACUGAAUCAGAAGGAAUUUGCGAAACAUGAUUUGGCCUAAAUUUUUGCACCUUCGGUACAUUCCCUUGCAUUGCCAUUCUUUUCUGCAUUCAGCAAGUCAUUUUCAGUUGAAACUCUUCAAUAUUCUUGUGAGGAUCAGUCCUAUGAGAAUCUCGCCCCAUGGAAGGAACCUGCUGUCUCCACCCUGCAGAUCCAUCACAGUUAACAACUCUGAGAAUGGCAUGCAGGACCAUGCCGCGCCCAGGCAGAAAGUGGUGCUUGCCUCUGCAGAGGAUAAAGAUGACUUGGAAGGCUUUGGAGCACAAGGAAAGUUCUAUUCUGCCAGGAGAAUUUUCCGUAAAACCUCUUCACAGAUGCAGGAUUCCAAAUACAAUGAUACCGAGGAUCAGGAUGAGGAAGUUGAAACUCCUAAAGUGAGGCGGAAGCUGGGUCGAAGGAAUACUACCUACUGGUACUUCCUACAAUGUAAAAAACUCAUCAAGGAAGAUAAGUUAGCCGAGGCCCUGGACCUGUUUGAGACUCAGAUGAUGAAGGAAGAGCAGCUCUUUCCAGAAGAAUACAAUUACAGCGUGCUGAUAGGGGGAUGUGGAAGAGCAGGGUACUUGAAGAAAGCCUUUAAGCUCUAUAACGACAUGAAGAAGAGAGAACUGACUCCCUCUGUCGCAACCUACACUGCUCUAUUCAAUGCUUGUGCAGAAUCCCCAUGGAAAGAUACGGGUCUUCAGUUUGCCACGAAGCUUCGAGAAGAAUUAAGGAGCAAGAAUAUCCGCAUGAAUCUUAUCGGAUACCACGCCAUGCUGAAGGCAUAUGCUAUUUGCUCCGAUAUGAGGACUUGUUUUAAUGUGGUCAGGGAAAUAGUUCACAAUGGUCUUGAGCUUAAUGUAGAGACAUUCAGCACUUUAAUGAUGGGCAGCAUUAUGGACACUGACAAUGGCUUUAGAUAUUCAUUACAGAUUUGGCGGGAGAUGUUAAAACUGGGCAUUCAGCCUGAUGCCAAGAGCUACAACCUGCUGCUGCGGGCGGCCAGGGACUGUGGUAUCGGGAACCCCACAGUGGCGUCUCGCGCACUGUUGAGUGACGAGAAUGUGAGGAGGCAACUAAAGCAACUCAGAAGAGUUCAGAAGCUCCGAGGUCAGAAAGUGGCAAGAACCAGUAAACAUGCAACCACUUUGUCUGUUGAUACAUUGGAAGAGCAGUUGUUUGGCCUGUCCGCUGAUGAGCAUCAGGGGAGUUCGUUAACUACCUGCAGAGCCUCUGAACCCGAGGAUAAGGACAGCAAUGUAACUUUAUCAGGACUGAUUGAAGCACCAAACCUGCCAUCCAAAAGUAGCCAAGGAAAAGAACCAUCUUUGGAACUUGUUCCCAGGAAUGAAAGUCAUAUAGUUGACUCAGACUCCAAAGGACUUCCUCAAGAUAAUCUUCUACCUAAUCUGCUCUACAUCCAGGUUAACAAGAAGAACAUAAUUUCUCUGGGAAGUGCAACCGCACCACACGACAGACUAGCACUGAUCGGAUAUCUGGAUGGCUUUCUAAGUAAAAUGAGAGAAGAUAAUGUGCUUCCAGAUAUUAAGACAUUCACACUCUUGGCUGACAUAGUGGAACCAAACAGCCAGUCCGAGUCAUCCUUGCUGUCCCUCAUGGAUGAGCAUGGUGUGAAGCCAGACAUUUCAUUCUUUAAUACCCUCAUUAGGAAAAAGAGCAGGCUGGGUGAUCUAGAAGGUGCAAAGGCUUUACUGUCUGUUGUGGUUGAGCGAGGCCUCUCACCAACCAUGCAUACUUUCUGCAACCUGGCGAUAGCCUGCAGGAAAAGCCGUGAUGGACUGAAACUCCUCCAGGACAUGAAGCUCUCUGGAAUAAUCCCCAAUGUCAAUGUCUACAGCACCCUGAUCAACAAUGCAGCAAAGCAGUUAGAUUAUGUGUUUCUCACCAAGAUCCUGCAAGACAUGGCAAGAAAUCAAGUACCACCCAAUGAGGUUGUCCUUAAGCAGUUGGAAUUUGCUGUCAAGUACCCUCCAAACUUUGACAAGUACAAGUCAAGGAACAUCUAUCUGGAAAAAAUUGAUGGAUUUCGAGGGUUUUACUAUCGUUGGUUAAACUUUAUGCCAGCAGUGGAAACACCACAUCCUUGGGAAAAGUACAGAAUUAAGAGUGAUGUUCCUGGAGAAGAACAACCACACUCAUAAUCCUUGAAGCUGGAGAACACAACAGGAUCAGUUCCAAAAUGCAACACUGCGGUGUUAAUUUUCAGCCCUUCAUCUCCUCAAUGUAUUCACUUGCUGCUGUUUCUGUCCACACCAAUCCUGGACAAAGGAAAGCCAGUGCUGUAAAUCUGUCCUAAUGAAUUAACAAUUUAUUAUGUUUGUAUGAGAGAAUAAAGACAUUUAAGUGCAUAAGGGAUACAGAGUUUCAAGUCUGUGGCAAAAAAAAAUUACCUUUAAACUCUUAGGAAUCAGCAGUGAAGACCGUGGCUACUUAACACAAAUUAUGGAAAGCUUCAAACCUCGAAGAGAAUACACACAAUUUCAAAUAUAUACAUUGUAAUAGCAUGAAGGAAAACCAUUUAGCCUGUCAAAUCCAGACCAGUUUUUUGCUGCAAUAAUCUAAACCCAUUUCCCCACCUCCUUCAGCUCCUUUUUAAAUGCUACAAUGCAAUGUACCUCCAGUACUACCUCAGCAUUUUCAAAUUAUUGCUACCAGAUGACAAUCUCUCUUGGCUUCAUAUGUCAGUAGCUACUUUGUUUUAUUUGCUAGGUUCUAUGCAUUUUCAAAUGUUGACCAGUUACUGUGUUACAAAAAACUUACUUUGAUUCCUUUGCUAAUCCCAUUGUUCUAAAUUUCUUGGCGCUAAUUUAAAUUUUCAAUGCAACUCUCAUCAAAUCUUUUAAUGCAAAACAUACACUAUAAAUUACCUCUGGAAAUGGCCACCUGCUGUUUUCUCAUAUACCAUGGAGACUCUACUUAUGAAACUUAAAACCCAUUCCAGCCCAUCCAGAUUUAUUCUGGAUAAAGCAGUAAGAAACCAAGGGAUACGCACAACUAAAUUUCUGAAGCAGAAUCUUCUCAGCUCCAUGCACAAAUGGGUGUCAGGGCAGUAAAAUAUGUCCAAUAUGAAAAUGCUUGAUGAAAUAAUGUAAAACAUUUGAGUUUCCAGGGGCAUUAAGACCAUUUCUGGACGAGACCGCUACAUGAUGGUUCGGACCAGAGCGUUUGCAGGUGGGAGCUACACUGCCAUUAUGGGUUUGGAUACAAGUACACAAAUGCAGAGAACAUGGUAAAUAAAACAGAGUAGCUACAGACACAUGAAUGAAGCCAAGAGGACUGUCAUCUAAUAGCAAUAAUGGAGGCCUUGCUUGAGCAAGAAAGCAGUGUUAAAUAUAACUGUGUACAAUCAUAAAGAUAAAAUAAGAGAAAACUAAUAAAUACAAAGAAAACUAAUGAUAUAGCUGUGUCCAAAGAGAGAGGUGUGAGAAAAUAAUCUCAUUUGGUGGGGCACAGCAGCAAAGCCAAAGGAAGAGGAGUUACUGUGUUGGCCAGGAAUCAGUGUCCGCAACGAGGACUGGAGGCCUGUCUUUGUACAAGUGGGUGGGAGGGAGUGAGGGAGCUUGUUUUGCUGAUUGUGCUAUUCUGCUGAACACGGCGGGCAUGCCAUAUUUGCAGCAGAACUCCCAGCACAUCCUUUGAUUGUUAACACAAAUGAUACAUUUCACUGUAUGUCUUGAUGUACAUGAUAAAUAAAUGUGAAAAAGAAAUUGAAUAAUUUAGAUUAUAAGCAGGGCUUUACAUUAAAUAGUGAAGGGGAAAAUGACUUGGGGGAGGUGGAAUGUUAAAGUGACCAGAUGAGGAAAUACUGAUUAUUAAUUAUGUGAUGUGUCUAAAGGGGCACUUGGAUAAAAAUAAGAAAAAGGCAAAAUUAAAAUCUAAACAAAGAAAGCUAUUGGCCUAUCCUAACAAAGAAGCCUCUUCAAAAACCAAAUAUGUGCCAGUUCCCAGUAGAACAAUCCUGUCGUCACACUCCCCCUCCUUAUUUCCCAAUAGCCCCACAAAUAAUUCCCUUACACACUCAUCAUUACCUUUUCCCCCCAUAAACCUAAAUAAAAUAGCUACCUAAUCAACAAGCGCACGUUUUGGAUGUGAGUGGAGAGGAGAGCCGCUUGGUUGAGGGAGAAUGCACAAAAACCACACAGAGAGCAAGACUGGGCUGUGAAACAGCAGGGCCAACUGCAAAAUGAACAAUAAUUAAUAACUCACGUAAAGGUAAACCGGUUGCCAAGAAGGCCCACCAGUGCCUUUACUUCCUGAGAAAACUAAAGAAAUUUGGCCCGUCCCCUAAAACCCUCACUAAUUUUUAUAGAUGCACCGUAGAAAGCAUUCUUCUAGAGUGCAUCACAACCUGGUAUGGAAGUUGUCCUGUCCAAGACCGGAAGAAGCUGCAGAAGAUUGUGAACACGGCGCAGCACAUCACACAAGCCAAUCUUCCGUCCUUGGACUCACUUUACACCGCACACUGUCGGAGCAGUGCUGCCAGGAUAAUCAAGGACACGACCCACCCAGCCAACACACUUUUCGUCCCUCUUCCCUCCGGGAGAAGGCUCAGGAGCUUGAAGACUCAUACGGCCAGAUUUGGGAACAGCUUCUUUCCAACUGUGAUAAGAUUGCUGAACAGAUCCUGACCCGGAUCUGGGCCGUACCCUCCAAAUAUCUGGACCUGCAUCUCGGUUUUUUGCACUACCUUACUUUCCAUUUUUCUAUUUUCUACUUAUGAUUUAUAAUUUAAAUUUUUAAUAUUUACCAUCGAUUUGUAAUCCAGGGAGCAGGAAGCGCAGAAUCAGAUAUCGCUAUGAUGAUUGUACGUUCUAGUAUCAAUUGUUUGGCGACUAUAAAGUAUAAUUUGAGAAAUCAAAACAAUGCAAAAUUUAUGUACAAGUAAGUGGACAGAAGCCUGACAUAUGGAAUAUAAUGGGAAAUAUAACAUUUUCUACUUUGGUGGGAAAAAUAAAAAUGGUCAUUUAAAUAGCAGAGAUGAUUAUUUGCUGGCACUCCUGGUACAUGAAAAAUAAUGGUAGCAUACAGAUGCAGCACGUAAUUAGUAAAGAAAUAGAUGUUAAUCUUUAUUGCAAGCUAAGUGGAAUACACAGGUAGGAAAAUCUUGCUGCAGUUGUCUAUGGUUCUGGUAAGACCACACCUAAAUGUUAUGAUCUCAUUUAAGGAAGAAUGUACUUUCCUUGGAAGCUGCACACUGAAGGUCCAACUGUUUAAUUCAUGGGUUGAGGGGAUUUUCUUAAGAGGAGAAAAGGAAAGAUUGGUUUAUACUUUCUGCAGUUUAGAAAUGAGAUAAUCAGAUUGCAAGACACAGGGUCCCAAGUGGCUUAGUAGUGUAAAUAUAUUAAGGUCAGCACAAUAUCACUGAGCUGAAGGGCUGGUACUGUACUUAACUGUUUUAUGUUCUCUCCCUUGUUCAGGGCAAUGUAAAAUAAGAUGGGUAACUCAAUACAAUAAGUUGAUCACUUAAUACUGAGAAGAGAAAGAAAUCCCACUG